UGUUCCUUAAAGCCUCUGUCACGUGAUCCUGAUGUUAGUCCUAUUUUUCUGUAGCGGCGGUGAUAAAGUGUGAGCUAAAUCAACCUCACAGCUAGCAUAUGCAAACACAACACGUUUAGACUCGUAAGCAGAGACGUUGGUGUUUGUUUUGGGGAGAGAACAGCUGCUUUAUCAUCCCGACAAAUCAGUGCGCUCGACUUUUUAUUUCUCCCUUCGCUGUUGUUGUUGUUGUCAGGCUAACGCUAGCCGAGCUAGCACAGCAGCUGCUAAGCUAACGUAAGCUAACGUGGCCGCGUCUCUGUUGUGCUGCUGUGAUUUGGCCCCGACGAGCAGCCGGAGAGGAGCCGCGGAAACAUGACGCAUAUCGGCGGGGUGCAGUCAUGGUGCCUGGGAGUCACGUUACAGCUGGUGUUGGCGGCCGUCCUGCACCAGGGUUUAGCUACAGUUGCCCCACCCACAACUGCCCCAACCCCUCCUGCACCGCACAAAGACCCCGGCCGACCUGAGAAAGGAGACUACCUGGUCAACAGAAGCAACGGUACUGCCUGUUUACUGGCAUCCAUGGGUCUCCAGCUCAACAUCACAUACAACUCGGUCUCGCAAAAUAAGACAGUGCAUGAUGUUAUGAACCUUCAGCCAAAUGUGACAAAGCCAUCUGGAUCAUGUGACUCAGACAGAGCCUCCCUGCUGCUCUCAACAGAUGCAGAGAAGACCAACCUCACCUUUGUCUUCACUCUGAAUGCCACUUCCAAUAAGUACCACCUGAGUGAAGUGUCCAUGUCAGCAGACUGGCCAGAUAUGAAAAAGCCCGUAUCCGUCAAUAACAGCAAUCUGGACUACCUGCGGGGCACCUUUGGGUUCUCAUACAUGUGCCAUGAGGAGCAAACUCUGAAUGUGUCCCAGGAUUUGUCCAUCAACACCUUCCAGUUGCAGGUGCAGCCAUUUGGCCUGACUGGAGAUCAGUUUGGAGCAGCUGAGGAAUGCCAGUUAGAUGAAGAUGACAUGUUGAUCCCCAUCAUAGUCGGAGCAGCUCUAGCCGGUCUCGUCCUCAUCGUGCUCUUGGCUUACCUCAUCGGCAGGAAGAGGAGCCACGCUGGCUACCAGACCAUCUGAGGUCACCUGUCACUCAUGUUCCCAGAGGCCAGAGCGCUCUCUCCCACCCUUAAGAUUAACCACUCUUUUAUGAGACUUAACACUCCACCCUGUCCCCCCUCUAUGCCUCCACCCUUCAUCCUCCCUGCAUAUGUGUGUGCUGUUCUCUGCCCUCAUCAGUAACACUAGUCAUUAUCACUUUGUGGAGGUUGAUAUGAUCUUUCUGAACUGACUCGCUCAUUCGUUAAAAAAAAAAAAGGUGCUUUGUUUGGAGAUUGUGAUGAAAUGGAGGAAAAAAAACCUACCGGUACUUCAUCAUGAAGGGGAUGGAUGUUGAUCAGAGGGUCAAUGAGAGUUCUCAACUUGUAUUGUACUAUUUAUGAUUUCUGUGAAAGGAAUAUUGAGGGACUGUGUGUUUUGAGGGAAAGGCUACUGUAGCGUUUCUUAUUGUUCAUCUGCGUUGUGGCGACCAUUUUUUGUGGUCUUGCCCUAAAUGAGGUUUGUUAUUAUAAAGGGAAUAUUUUUGGCUGUAAUUUAAUCCACUUCAAACACUAAAGAUCUGACUUAAUUUUGUUAUUGUAACUUGUGGUCCCAUUCAGCCGAAGUUUGCAGAUUUUUUGUUAACAUACUAAGAUCACAGAAACCUAAUCUUAAAAAGGACAUGUUAGGAGUCCCCUUCAUAGUUUAAAAUGCAUUUAGGAAUUGAUUUUGUUCACUGGGAUUAGUGACGAUGUGUCCCGUUGUUAAGGUACCCAACACAUUUUGUAUGGAGACUACACAAGCAGUUUUCAGCUUUGUAAGAUAAUUGUGUUUUGGCUUCUUCACUUCAUUUAGAAGAAUAGUUCAACAUUUUGGGGAAUGGGCUCAUUCGAUUUCUUGCUGAGAGUUGGAUGAGAAGAUCAAUACUACUGUUUAUUUGCUAAAUGUAAAGCUACAGCCAUCUGACUGUUAUCUUAGCUUAGCACGAUGCCUACCAGCAUCUCUAAAACUCAGUUUAACAUGUUGUAUUUAGUUUGUUUAAUCUGCAGAAAGGCCAAAGUGUAAUCAGUUUGGCUUGUAAACCCCCUGAAAACAACAAGGUAACAUUUUUGCAUUUCAAUUUGCAAACAUGAUAAAAGUUGUUUAUGGUGAGCUUUAGAAGUGCUGGUCGGCAUAUUUCUUUUUUUUUUAAAGACAUAGCCAUGCGAAGUUCCCCUGUUUCCAGUCGUUAUGCUAAGCUAAGCUAACUGUCUCCUGGCUGUAUUUUCAUUUUUUCAGUACAUGAGUGGCAUCAAUCUCCUCAUCUGAGUUUAGACACUAAUGUUGAUUUCCCAAAAUGUCAAACUAUUUGAUUAGUGAUGGGAGCCACUCUUUUGGAGUCUGUUGCUACAAUGUUCACACUGUAGGAGUUACAAUUGAUCAAUCUGAAAAAUACUUCAGUUUGGUUAGGUGGGUGAAAAAGCUCAGGACAUCACUGUAGGAGUGUAAUUAUCUUGAAGUGUUUAAGUCCACUGGGUGGUUUUGUUUGUUUUUCUUUUCCCCUGAAUAUGCCCCCACUUGGGAUUUUUCUUGCUGAAGGGGAAGGAGUUGCACUAAAGUUAUCUCAAAGAGCCCCCUGUAAGGACUAAAGUGGCCAAUAUAAUAUGUUCAGUGUUAAUCAGUGCCUUCCCAGCUGUAACAUAGAUGGGAUUAAAGUAAAGCCAAUACCAUAGAGGUACUCACUCACUCACUGACUCUGUGUGCUGCCAUGCCUGGGACACUGUCUCUGUGUCUCCCAUAGCCUUCAUGUACUGUUACAACCUACCAAUCGUAUGCAUUGUUUGAUGUAGGAAAAAAAUGAAGCGUUGUUUUUUUUUUUAUGUUUUUAUCCUCCUUGAUCUAAAUGUCCAUGCAGUGAUUUAAUAAGGUUUUAAUUGAUUUUGUUUGAGCUGUUUUCUAAAGGAGAGGUCAAUAAAAGUGAACGAAAGAGA